AUGGCACAAUCUACCAACCUGAGCAAUAAUCCUGCACCCCUCCUCUCCAGACCUUGGAAUGAGAAGGUAGUGCUGGUGCAGGUGUUGGUGGGAAUUUUCCUCUACGUGAACUGCCUCAUGAUAUGCACCUUCUUCAAAAAGGAGGCCUUUAGAACCGACACUCGCUACAUUUUGUUUGCACAGACACUGUUCAUGGACUCUGCCCUCAUGGUGUUUACGGACUUGGCUCUGAUUGGGAGUUACUUCCAGAUCCCAGUUCCCUGCAUUCCCUGUGUGAUAAUGUGCACCAUCAUGGCCUGGCUUACUCUCGGCACACCACUGACCCUGGUGGCAAUGUGCCUGGAACGCUAUGUGGCCAUCUGCAUGCCUCUGAGACACGCCAGCAUCUCCACCACUAGAACCAGGCUGCUAGGCCUUGUCCUCACCUGGUGUCUCUCAGCAAUACCUGCUCUGAUUGUUUUCUUUAUAUUUACCUCCUCUGUUCCUCUCAGUUUUUUUUCCACAUACCUGAUCUGCACCGUGGAGAUGAUGAUCGUUCACAAUUGGCAGGCACAGAUCAAAGCUGUUUUAUAUAACCUUUACUUCGUGAUCAUGUCUAUUACCAUAGGCUUCACCUAUGUUAAAAUUACGGCAGCUGCCAAAGGAGCCUCAAAAAACAACAAAUCUGCCUCCAAAGGUCUCAGGACUGUGGUUCUUCAUGCCUUUCAGUUGCUCCUCUGUUUGAUUCAGCUGUUGUGCCCUUACAUAGAGAUGGCUAUCAUGAAGAUUGAUUACAUGCUGUUUAUUAAUGUGAGAUACUACAACUUCAUUAUGUUUGUAUUAGCACCACGUUGUUUGAGCCCACUGAUAUAUGGUUUAAGGGAUGCAAAGUUCCUUCUGAUUUUGAGAUACUAUGCAAUUUGUGGUCUGAAUAAAAAAGGCUAUUGUUGCAAAUUCUGUCCACUUCAUGCUAAAAAUGAGAAAAUAUGGCCUUUGAAUGGUAAAUAA